ACUAACAACGAGGAGGAGGAAGAAGACGAUACGGAAGAGGAGGAGACCGCCAACGGUCUCGACGAGGAGGAGAAGGAGAGACGGGCUGCUGCCGUGCGCCAGCUGCUGCUGGAGGAGAACGAUUCCGAGCUCUCCAAGCAGAUGCCGAGGAGGCAUGGUCGCGAGCCCUUGGUUGACCGCUCCGAACGACGGAAGAAACUGCGUCUGGGACAGGCUGACUUUGGACCCUCGAAGUCUCACCGCAAGAAGGCGCAGAAGUUUCGAAAGAAGUAACGCGCACACACACAAACGUCCCCGCCCCCACCCCCGUCUCAGCGUCCACUAUGUGUGUACAUAA